ACCCCACCCCAUUCCAUUCCCUUCUUAGCCACCUCUCUUGGUUUCACCAACCAUCACCAUUUCCUUUCUUUCCCUUUUUCCAAUGGGGUGGUUUCAAUCCCUCUUCUCUCCACUCAAGAAGCUAUGGGUUAAACUCCACUCAGCUCAUCAUAAGAGUAGAGGGAUCUACAUAUUGUACGAGGAUGUGAAGUCAUGUCCCUAUGAAGAUGUGCACGUACUUUGGUCUAUAUUGGUGGAAUCAACACAUGGUCCUUCUCACGCUUUAGCAUUACCUCCAUUAAACUGAUACAUUAUUCCUACAGAUGAUCCCCGAGCUUCUUGUCUUUGUACAUAAUCCCCCUCUUUUUUUGAUCAAAUCUUGUACCUGUUUCUGAGGUUUUCCAGGACUUGUACUUUGCAACUUUAAGUUAUUACGCCGACAUAACUAUUUUAUACAGAACGUUGCAUUUCACUUGGUGUAGAUAUAUAUAUGGAGGCCCUUUGCUACAUUUAAUUAGAACUGGCAAAAUGAGAUUCACAUA